AUGUAUGGAGCUGUAGAUUCAGAUGAGGAAGGAAUUGGCCAUGAGUAUAAUUCUGAUGAUGAAGGAGAUGGAGAUAGAUUUCCAAAGUUUAACCCUAAAGUGGAUAUGAGAGACCCUCACUUCUGUAAGGGUAUGAAGUUUGCUUCCCCCAAUAUACUUAGGGCUGCUAUCAGAGAGAGGGCAAUUCAAAAUGGUUGGGAACCUCUUUUUCUAAAGAAUGACAAGGUUAGAUUGAGGGCUAUAUGCAAGGCUGAAGACUGUCCAUUCGAGUUAUUUGCAUCAAAAAUGCAGCAUGAAGAUACCCUCAUGAUUAAGACAUACCAUGGAGAGCAUAACUGUGCAAGAGUAUAUGAGAACAAUACUGUGAAGACCCCCUACCUCACUGAUAAGUUUGCAGACCAGAUAAAGUUGAAUGCUAACAUUUCAACAGCACUUGCACUUGCACAGACCAUGGCAGCUGGAGUGAGAGCAAGAGUUUCUUUUCAACAAGCUUAUAGGACCAAGAAGGCAGGACUGAAGAGGGUUGAGAGGUCAAUGAAAGAGCAAUAUGCUAGGUUACAAGACUAUGCAAAGGAGUUGAAGAAGGUGGAUCCUGACACAACAGUUGAGAUAGUUUGUGACUUCAACAACACUGAGAAGCUCCCUAUUUUUCAGAGGAUGUUUGUGUGCUUAGGAGCUCUGAAGAGGGGUUUUAGGGCUGGUUGCAGACCCAUUUUUGGAUUAGAUAGGUGCCACCUUAAGAGUGCAUUUGGUGGUCAGUUGUUGGCAGCUGUGGGGUUGGAUCCUAACAACACCACAUAUGUUGUUGCAUAUGCUAUGGUGGAGAUGGAAAGUAAAGAUUCAUGGGAUUGGUUUCUGAGGAUUUUGGUGAAGGACCUAGACAUUAGGGGAGAAGGAAAUGGGUAUACCAUAAUUUCUGACAAGCAGAAAGGGUUGCUUCCAGCUUGUGAACUGUUCUCCCACUAG